AUGUCCUUGAAUAAACUUCGAGUCGAAGUUUCCGAAAAGGAGACUAAAACACUGAAAACAAAAAGGAAGCUCUCAGAAACCAAGAAGGAACUAGAGAAAUGGCAGACCAAAUUGGUCAAGUCGCAAGAUGCAGAGAGUCGAUUGGCGCUGAAGAACGCAGAACUUAACGAUAAAAUUGCUAAAAUCACUGCGAAGUAUAAGACACUCGGCGUUGAGACACAUCUGUCCUUGAGUAAACUUCGAGUCGAAGUUUCCGAAAAGGAGACCGAAACACUGAAAACAAAAAGGAAGCUCUCAGAAACCAAGAAGGAACUAGAGAAAUGGCAGACCGAAUCGGUAAAGUUUAAAGAUGCAGAGUUUAGACUGGUGCAGAUGAACGCAGAACUUAACGAUAGAAUCGCUAGAAUAAAUGCGACGCAGAAAAAACUCGAUGCUGAGACUGCAGCAACAUUCUCAGAAACGAAAACAAAACUUGGUAGGACAGAAGCUGCACUUACUGCUAAACAAAGAGAUCUCGAAGAUGCCCAAGCCAAGUCAAAAGAUGCAGAGAGUCGACAGGCGCAGAAGAACGUAGAACUCUCUGUAGCAAACCUUAGUAUCACUGCGGCACAGGAGAGACUCGAGGUUGAGAACCAAAUAUACUUUAACAAACUUCGAGCCGAAUUUGACGAAAAGCAGACUGAAAUAAUGAAUUUAAACGGGACGCUCUCAAACACACAAAAAGAACUGGAGGUAUUGCGCACCGAAUGGGUCAAGUCGAAAAAUGCAGAGAGUCAACUGGCGCAGGAGAACGCAGAACUCUACGAUAGAAUCGCUAAAAUAAAUGCGACGCAGAAGAGACUCGACGUUGAGACUCAAAUUUCAAUGAACAAACUUCGAGACGAAAUUUCCGAAAAGAAGACUGAAACACUGCAAACAAAGAGGAAACUCACAGCAACAGAAACAAAACUUGGUACGACCGAAGCUGCACUUACUGCUAAACAAAGAGCUCUUGACGAUGCCAAAGCCAAGCUGAGAAGACGAGAAACAGAUGCUCCUUGCAAAUCUAGAGUGGUGUUACCUGCUGGAUGCUGGAUAACCGAAAAGUAUUUCAACCCUGCUGUCAUCGGGCACCUUAAAAAGGAUGAAAUAUUUAUGACUACAGAGGAACGCAUCUGA